AUGCGCAGAUCAUUGAAAAUCGGGUGCGUGUGGACGAUGGCCGGUUGCUGCACUCGCUGGACGCUGCCGAUUCUUUUGUGGUCUCUCUUGUCGCUGGCAUCGGCCGCUCUCUGCUCUCUGGGACUCUACUUCUCCAACUGGCUGCAGCGGGAGACGAAAGAUGGCAACUUCAACUCCGUCUCUUCGUUCAGACUCUGUCUCAACGAGAGCACCCAGAUCUCUGCGUCCUGCGACUCCUACUUCACGUUUGACGAGAUCUUCUCCCUCGAGUGGCAGGCCGUGACAAUACUGAUGGGGCUGGGGGCCUGUCUGCUCGUGUUCACUGGUCUCAUUUCCCUAUUUACACUCUGUGCUCACAGAUUUUGCAACAAGUGUCUCGUGUGCAUGGUUGCUGUUUUGCAGUGCCUCGGAGUAUUGCUGUCUAUAGCAGCAAUAGUGGUAUUCCCUUUCGGGAUCGACAGUAAAAUGGUCCAACACCCAGACCUUUGUGGAGAGAGUGCUGGCUCUUAUGAACUCGGAGAUUGCACAAUUGGCUGGGCUUACAUCACAGUCAUUACAGGAACAACUCUUGGACUUGUGGCUGUUGCAUUAUCAUGGACUCCAAUGAUGUGCAACAGAAAAAACAACGAUGGAGGCUCAUAUGCUCUCUAGAUUAUCAUAUAUAGCUGCAAGCAUUCAACGCAUUACUUGCUUACAAUAAUGUUUGUUGUAGUGACCUUUGUGUGCCAUUUUGUCUCGUUGCUUUGUUAGAGUAUCUAUCAGAACGCCUGU